AUAAUAUCAGUGAAUUUUCAUCAUUACGCCUUUUUAAUUUGUAUAAUUUCAUCCACACGUCUUCUUGUCUGAUGCCACUUUUAUUUUGUGUCUUUCUUCUUUGUUCUUGUUCGUGUGUAGUCUUCUUGAAGCCCUGUCUGUCACUGUUAUAAAUAUCAUAACUCCGACAUCUCUUCUGUCCAAAUAUUCCUCGAAACUCCCCCAGAAAGAAGAAACUAUAUCGAACAUUUGUCUCAUCGGAGAAAAUGAAAACAAGACGCGGGAAACGCCCUGAAAAGUUUUGGCCUUCGAUUGUCAUGAAUAAAUGGCUGAACAUAAAGCCCAAAGUUUACGACUUUAGCGAAGACGAAGUAGAUACAGAGAAUGAGAGCGAAGAUGACGUAUGUUCGGUCAAAAACGUAUCUAAUGCCUGCUGCGUAGAUGAUGAAGAUAGCUGUGGCGGCCGCCGAGGAAGAGAAGCUGACCGCGGCAGCAAACUUUUAGGCAAAGAUUCUAGAAAACACCGGCGAGGCAAAUCGGAGACUUUGAGAGUCCAAUACAUAAACACAAAGGACAUCAGAGUGACGGUGGCUACAUGGAACGUCGCCGGGAAACGUCCUUCCGAUGAUCUUGACAUUGACGAUUGGCUUUCUACUGAUAACCCUUCAGAUAUCUACAUCAUUGGAUUUCAAGAAGUGGUACCCUUAAACGCCGGAAACGUCUUCGGAGCAGAAGAUAGAGGGGCGAUUCCGAAAUGGGAAUCGAUAAUCCGUAGAACACUGAACAAGUCCCAAAAAGAAUCGGUCUAUGAUCAAUCACCAAACAACAACAACGUUCUCCAUAGGUCUCACAGCGCACCGUCGUCUCCCGUCUUAGCACAACAAGCAAGUUCCAUUAUCGCUGAUGUCAUGGUCGAGAAUCUUGCUUCUGACCACUCCUUAGACCUAGCUACAGAUGAGUUUAUCGAUGCAGCAACUGCUUUACCUAGUCUUGAACCAGUAGGGAAUCCGGACAUGGACUGGCCUGAACGAGCUUUAGACGAGAAUCCUCAGAUUGUUGGAUCAGAGGGGAAGCUAAGGAGAGUGUUGAGCAGCAACGCUAUGCUGGGGUUUAAGCUACCGGAGACUCCAACGGGAGUGAGUAGGUUUGCAUUGGAUGCAAGAAACUUGAAACGGUCGAGGAGCUUUGAGACACUAAAGCUGAGUUGGGAUGAUAUCAAAGAAGAGAAUGAUAAUAUUUCUUCCUCCUUGUCUGAAGCCGAAGAAGCUGCGAAAGUUAUGUCUGAUGAUUUAAUGGACGGUGAGUCAUCUUCCGAUGAUGACAAAGAAGAAGGAGGCAAGAUUGGAAAUACUUAUGGAUUGCCGGAAGAUUUGGUGGAGGAAUGUCGGAAAGUGAAAGAUUCUCAAAAGUAUGUGAGGAUAGUGAGUAAGCAAAUGGUUGGGAUCUAUGUAUCUGUAUGGAUCCGACGGCGGUUAAGAAGACACGUCAACAAUCUUAAAGUAUCGCCCGUUGGAGUUGGCUUGAUGGGCUACAUGGGAAACAAAGGAUCAGUAUCGAUUAGCAUGACGUUGUAUCAAUCAAGAAUGUGUUUCGUGUGUUCGCACUUAACUUCCGGUCAAAAAGAAGGUGCUGAGCAGCGCCGGAAUGCUGACGUGUAUGAAAUCAUACGUCGUACUCGUUUCUCAUCGGUUCUUGAUACCGAUCAACCGAGAACCAUUCCAUGUCACGAUCAGGUAUUCUGGUUUGGUGAUCUGAACUACAGACUUAACAUGUUAGACAGUGAUGUAAGAAAGCUUGUCGCACAGAAACGAUGGGAUGAACUCAAGAACAGUGAUCAGUUGAUUAGAGAAUUUCGAAGAGGGCAUGUCUUUGAUGGAUGGAGAGAAGGACCGAUCAAAUUUCCUCCUACAUAUAAAUACGAAUUUGAUUCUGACCGUUACGCCGGAGAAAACUUGAAAGAAGGAGAGAAGAAGAGAGCUCCUGCAUGGUGUGAUAGAAUAUUAUGGUUGGGAAAAGGAAUAAGACAAGAAUGUUAUAAGAGAUCGGAUAUAAGGAUGUCCGAUCAUCGGCCGGUGACUUCCAUAUUUAAUGUUGGAGUUGAAGUUUUCGAUCAACGGAAACUUCAAAGAGCUCUUCAC